AUGAACAGCACCGAGCUAUACAACGCCAUGAGAAAUAUACCAAGACACGGCAACACAUCAAUCAUGAUAGUGUUCUAUCUCCUUGAUCUACUGUCAAGCCACUUGAGCAUGAUGAAGGAGCAUAGUAGCAUGCCUGUGAUUAUAAGCGAAGAGGUUGCUAAUUACUACAAAGAUGGAUAUUACCAGAAUGCAUGCAGGGAGCUUACGAGAACAAACUACAGAGCCAGGAAUGAGAUAAGAAAUCUUCUGUCUGUUGUGGAGGAGUGGAAGAAAGUUACAAAGAACAACUUCUCGUACUUCCAAGGAUACAACGGCUUCAAGUCUAGUGUAUGCAGGGAGUUAAGCAAGCAUCUAAACAGCUUCUUCGAGGAGAAGGAUCCGACAGAAAAGAUAAAGAAGUGGAAUGACAUGUCUGAAGUUGUUGACUUCUGCAGGUCCAGCUGGCUGAACACUGAUAGGAGGAAGCAUCAGUGGCUGAAGGAGCUAAACACCAAGAUUCCCUUCUGCAGUGAGAUUCUUCUGCUUCUGAAUGGAAAGCUGUGCUUCAUACCCGAGUGGUGCUUCGACAACGAAAGCUACAUAAUGAAGAUCAUAGAAACGGAGCUCCAAAACGACCCGUGGGCACCCGUCCACUAUCUAGACGAGGCAAGAAACAGGUAUGUUCUGAUUACGCUAGCAAGGCUUCUCCUAACUGCAACAGAAAUAAAAGAGGCAACAAAGCCGGUAUGGGUAAUUUUUGAUGAGCUGGAGGAUAAGGUAUCCAGGCUAGAAAGAAGGCAGGCAUAUCAGAGGAUUUACAAUCGGUGUAAGACGAAUAAGGAAAGAGUAGCAGCAGUAACUACUGAGGUAGUUAUAGAAACGGUUGACGAUGUCUUUGGCCUAAUUGGGAUAGGCGUUAUAAUAAUUGUCAGCUGCGUAGUUUUUGCACUCAAUUUCUGUCUAAUAUAA